CUUUCUCUUUCCCUCCCUUUUCCCCUUCUUCCUCCUUCUAUAAAUACAGCUCCCAAACCUCCCUCACAAGGAACAAACACUCUCCCCACCAAAAAAAAAAAAAAAAACUCCAUUUCUAAACCCAAAACAAAAUGAAAGAGUACUGGACUUCCCUCGCUUCCUUGCUCGGCGUCCUCGCCUUCUGCCAGAGCAUCGUCAGCUCCAUCUUCCCGCCGGAGCUCCGUUACGCCAUCCUCAAGCUUACCGGCCGCCUCUUCAGCCUCUUCUCCUCCUACGUCUACUUCGACAUCACCGAGAUCGACGGCGUCAACACCAACGAGCUCUACAACGCCGUCCAGCUCUACCUCUCCUCCUCCGUCUCCAUCUCAGGCACCCGCCUCUCCUUAACCCGCGCCGUCAACUCCUCCGCCGUCACCUUCGGCCUCGCCAACAACGACUCCAUCGCCGACUCCUUCAACGGCGCCGCCGUCCUCUGGGAGCACGUCGUCACCCAGCGCCACUCCCAGACCUUCUCCUGGCGCCCCUUGCCCGACGAGAAGCGCGGAUUCACCCUCCGCAUCCGGAAGAACGACAAAUCCCUAAUCCUCGACUCCUACCUCGAUUACAUUAUGGAGCGGGCGGCGGAGAUUCGCCGCAAGAAUCAGGAUCGAUUGCUGUACACGAAUUCUCGCGGCGGAUCUCUGGACGCGAGGGGACAUCCGUGGGAGUCGGUCCCGUUCAAGCAUCCGAGCACAUUCGAGACCCUGGCCAUGGAUCCGGCGAAGAAGCUCGAAAUUAUGCGAGAUCUGAGGGAUUUCGCGGAAGGGCAGGAGUUUUACCAGCGGACGGGGAGAGCCUGGAAGCGAGGCUACCUCCUGUACGGUCCCCCGGGGACGGGGAAGUCGAGCAUGAUCGCCGCCAUGGCCAAUUUCUUAGGUUACGACAUUUACGACCUCGAAUUGACGGAGGUCCACAACAAUUCCGAGCUCAGGAAGCUGCUGAUGAAGACGAGCUCCAAGUCGAUUAUCGUGAUUGAAGACAUCGACUGCUCGAUUAACCUCGGGAAUCGGAAGAAGAGCUGCUCAAACGGCGGAAACAGAGGCGGCUCGUCGAGUUUCUACGAGGCGGCGGCGGCGGCGGAGAUGAGAGGAGGAGGAGGCGGCGGCUCCGACGAGUCAGGGAAUUCGAUUACGCUCUCCGGAUUGCUGAAUUUCACCGACGGAUUGUGGUCGUGCUGCGGCAGCGAGCGGAUUUUCGUGUUCACGACGAAUCAUGUGGAGAAGCUGGAUCCGGCUCUGUUGCGGAGCGGGAGGAUGGAUAUGCACAUUUUCAUGAGCUACUGUUCGUUCCCGGCAUUGAAGAUUCUCCUGAAGAAUUAUCUCGGCGUCGAAGAACCAAACGCCGCCGGCGUUUGGAACGAGAUCGAGGCGGUGAUUGAUAAGGCGGAGAUGACCCCGGCGGACGUGAGCGAGGUGUUGAUUAAGAAUCGGAGGGAUAAGGACAAGGCAGUGGCGGAGUUGCUGGAGAUUCUCAAGGUGAGAGCGGCGACUCGCGGCGGUAUCGGCAGGCGUUACGAGGCGGUGGAGGAGGAGCAGGAGAAGAGAGCGGUGGAGGAGAGCAAGGAAGGAGAAGCAGCAGAUGAGUUCAGUGGUGAACAGAGUGAGGAGGAAGAAGAAGAUGACAAGAAGAAGAUCAAAUGAGGACAUAGUGGAAUUAUUUUGUCCUCGUUUGUCAGGAAAAAAGUUGCAGGGGGCGAAUUGAGAAGUGAGGAAAAAGUCCAUUAGAGAGGUAAGUGAAAGAGAGGAGAGGUGUAGUGACAAGUGAGGGAAUUGGGGGACGGGAAGCGAAUAUUUUUAAUUGGAUGUUUUUUUUUGGGUUCCCGAAAAAACAUUAUAUUAAUGGAAUUGUAUAAUCUAAAGUAUAUUUCUAAACUAAUGUGUCAUUGGACAAAGAAGGAUAAGCUCACUUGGCAUUUUGGGUACUAAUCCCCAUGUGAUAGUUGUUUAAAUUUCGCAUCUUGAGAUUAGAUUAGAAGAAUGUUUAACCAUAGGUUAAUCUUCUUGUUAUAUUAUUUAUAAGAAAAACUUUCAAGACAU